CCAGAGCUAUGUCCUUGUCCGCCGGCAGCGGCCACCAGCCCAGUCAGAGCCGCGCCAUCCCCACGCGCACCGUGCCUAUCAGCGACGCUGCGCAGCUACCUCAGGACUAUUGCACCACGCCCAGGGGGACGCUGUUCUCCACCAUGCCAGGAGGAACUCGAAUCAUUUAUGAUCGAAAGUUUCUGUUGGAUCGUCGCAAUUCUCCCAUGGCUCAGACCCCGCCUUGCCAUCUGCCCAAUAUUCCUGGAGUCACUAGUCCUAGCACCCUAAUUGAAGACUCCAAAGUAGAAGUAAACAACUUGAACAGUCGUGACAGGAAGCAUGCAGUUGGGGAUGACGCUCAGUUUGAAAUGGACAUCUGACCAUUCUGCAAGGAACAGAAAAGCAGCCCUGCUUGUCCCUGAUUUGGCCAAUAGCAUCAACAAUGAGAAGACAGAAGUGGUGGUACCAGCAGUUGCCUCCUCCUCUGGGUGCCAAAUGAUGCCAAGAAGAGUUUCAUCUGAUCAUUUCCUCUCCCUGUUUCCCAAUCCCCCCUCCCCAGUGAGACAGGUUUGCAGGGAGGACCCUUAGCAUAUUUUUGUAGAACUAAGCCACCUCACAGGAAAACAGCAAACUCUAGCUUCCCUGGUCAGUAUUCUGUUGAGACCAAAACCCAAAAAGUCCUAGGUCAAAUAUGGACCCACCA